CAACCCAAAAAUAUGGGUGCUGUUUCGAGUAGCACAGAAGACGAAAGGGAGCCACUUUUGAACACAACACAGCAGUCUGAUUCGAGUUUUGUUCAGCCAGCCAGUCGGGUGUACAGCAGAAGAUGGCUGGUGUUGGGCCUGUUUUCUCUGCUGGGGUUCAUGCAGGGAAUGGUGUGGAACACCUGGGGUCCGAUCCAGAACUCUGCCAAGCAAGCCUACGGCUUCACCAGCAUAGACAUUGCCAUGCUUGUGCUGUGCGGUCCAGUUGGGUUCAUUCCUUGGUUCCUGUUCAUGUGGCUGAUGGAUAAAAAGGGUCUCCGUGUUACAAUGCUGCUGUCUGCGUUCCUGAUGGUUGUUGGGACUGGGGUGCGGAGCAUCCCCCUUACGGAUCUGUCAAUAAAGAAAUGGUUGAUCCAUGGGGGACAGCUACUGAAUGGUUUGGCCGGCCCAACUGUUAUGAGUGCUCCCCCUUUGCUCUCCACAACGUGGUUCGCUCCUGAUCAAAGGGCCACGGCCACUGCUGUUGCAGCUCUGCUCAGCUACCUGGGAGGUGCAUGCUCGUUUCUGAUUGGUCCCCUAGUGGUGCCGGCGCCCAAUCAGACAGCACUGCCGCAUAGUUCGGCAGACAAGAGCAGUGCCCAUAUAAGGGAUCGUGUUCAGAUUGUACUGUAUGCAGAGUUUGCCAUGGUCUUCCUGCUGUUUGCCGCGGUGGUGGCCUAUUUCCCGUCUCGGCCCCCUCUCCCCCCCAGUGUGGCUGCAGCCAGCCAGAGACUGAGCUAUCGAAGCAGCUUUUGCCGACUCCUCAGCAAUUUCCGCUUUCUGAUGAUCGCUCUGGCUUAUUCCGUGCCGCUUGGUAUAUUAGCCGGAUGGUCAGGAGUCCUGGACAUGAUUUUGACACCUGCCAAAGUCAGCCAGGUGGAUGCUGGUUGGAUCGGAUUCUGGUCUACAGUCGGAGGCUGUGUUGUUGGUAUUGGAGUUGCCAGGUUUGCAGACUCUAUGAGGGGCAUGCUGAAGCUCAUCUUGCUGCUGAUGUUCUCCGGAGCCACUCUGUCGUCUACCUGGCUCACCCUCACCUGCCUCCCAGACAGCGGCUCUCACCUGCCUUUAACCACAGCUACUCUGUACACCUCGUGUAUCCUAGUGGGAAUAUUCAUUAUCAGCAGCGUGCCAAUGUUCUUCGAGCUCUUCAUUGAAACGGUCUAUCCAGUGCCAGAGGGCAUCACAUGUGGGGUGGUCACCUUCCUAAGCAACCUCUUCAUGGGAGCCUUGUUAUUUUUCUUAACGUUUUAUCACACAGAUUUGUCCUGGCUGAACUGGUGUCUCACAGGAUCCUGUCUCUUCAGCCUUCUCCUUAUCCUCCUCUUCAGGGAAUCGUAUGACAGGCUCUAUCUCGAUGUUUUUGUGUCUGUUUAAUGGAAGAAAGAACACACUUUUUUUUUUUUUUAAACAUGAAAAGACUGGACAUUUUUAAUUAGGACACUUUGCUCUGAAUUGCACAAUUAACAGAGGGGAGAAGGUACCUGGGAGCUUGUUAUUUUCUGUUGGUGAAGUUGAGUAUUUCCUCUUUUUGUUGCACUGUUGGUUUUUAGUUUUUUAAUGUUUUUUUAAAUUCAGAAACCUUUCUACACAUUCAAAUAAUGAAGCUAAGCUUUUGUUACAUGGAAGUUUAGCUCCCCAAUGCUUACUGCAUUUACUUUAUUACCUGUAAUCUACUGAUAUUGUGCAGAGGAAAUGAAAGUAUAGAUAAGUCAUCAUCAUAACCCUAAUAAUAAUACGCCAUGUACAUGCAGCUGCAGGGCUUUCCCUGAGCCACGUACUGUGUGGACUUUGAGCACAUCGUUAGGACUCGAGUGUCAAAACCAGUAGGAUUUUCAGGUACUGGAAACAGGGUGGACAACCAGUGUGACCUCACUUCCUGUAUGUUCCACAUGAUUAGGAAGCACAGUAUUGUAUAAGACUUGACUCCAUGGAGGGAGGCUCAGGCUCUGUGUGAACAAGGCGCAGUACAUGGCUUUUCAGACCGCUAAGCUGCUGGCUAGCGGAUGCACACGGUAGAGAAGGGGAGUGAAUCUGGACUGCAGUAACCCAUGAGUGUAUUAUUGAUGAUGUGAAACCGUGCAAAGGAAGCUGCUGUAGAAUCCCAUACCCCCAUGUCUGUACUUGAUCACAGUGAAAUCACCUCAGCAUCAAUCUCUAUGGUUACUGCUCUUGAUAAAUGCGAGGCCAUGUGCUUCAAGCCCGGGACUGGUUCAGAUAGAAUCGUUCUGUACUGUGUUCCCUUCAUGUAUGUUUUACAAUUGAUUGAGUAGAACAAAGAGGACCAGCUCUGUAGAAACAAUAAUUGCAUUCUAUAGAAUACUGGAAUCUUCAGCGCAGUCUUCUGUUUGAAAUUAUUACAUUGGCAGCGCAAUCUUCUGUUUGAAAUGGUUACAGAGGCUUUGCAAUGUAAUGAGCCAUCAAGCCCUAUAGUGAGCUGGUCAAAUGCAUUGAAAUUAAUUACUGCACUUUCACCAAAGUCCCCACAAAGGGAAUCCAUUCAUAACAUAAUAUCACAUUUCUUAACCUAAUCUGUCAGUUAUUUUGUUAACAGGCAAUUCAUUUGUAAGGCUCAUGUUAAAUAUUCUUAACCUUUUUGUUUGAAUCUAUACCAUGUUGAAAAUUGUUUUAAAUAUGUAGAAAGAAAACAAAAAUGUGUUUUUGUUUUCUGCUGUAAAGCAAACCAUUGUGAAACAAGAAUAACAAUAUCCAGAUCAUUUUAUUAUCUUAUUUUAAAUACCGGUAGCGGUUACUAGAGUCUAGAUCAGGGGUGGGCAAUUCUGGUCUUGGAGGGCCGGUGUCCCUCCUGGUGUUUGUUCCAACUGACCAAUUAAGCUUAUAAUAAACACUUAAUUGGUGCAAUUAAGUAAUUUAGGGCACAGUUGGAACAAAAACCAGGAGGGACACCGGCCCUCCAGGACCGCAAUUGCCCACCCCUAGUCUAGAUAGUAAGAAUCUAGUAGUGCAAUACGUAGGGCUUACCAGCAGAGGGCUCUCAACAUGCAACUUGUACUUGGUUUGUAAGCAAGACGCUACAAAAUGCAUUGAGACCUUGUGUGUCUAAAGCAGUUCUAGAUUGCAUGAAAUAGAGCAGCGGUUCCGGUGUCUGUUUUAAUUGAUUCAAUAAAAUCCCACAUGCAUUGUUUAGGUUCCUUUUGAUUCCUUUUCCUUACAAAUUACUGGAAAUAAGUUGGGGGUUUGAAAGUUAUACUGGUACUGCACAAAAACAUUUUACAAACAUUGCUUUUGUUCUUUUAUUUGUGCUCAUCACUAACAGGUGAUGAGAUCUCAAUAUUAACAUGUGUGCUGUAGUGACCACUAACAGGGUUGAGGAAGACGGUCUCGGGGAGACCUGGUCUAUCCGGCAGUUUGCAAAGAGGGAGUUUACUUCUUGUGCUGCUGAACAUCUGUAGUUGUGAAUUUUGGUAUAAAUUUCCACACAGAAUUUUGCUUUUUUCAAAAGGCCCCAAUGUGACAGAGCAAUAGUUAGGUAAAUAAAUCAAUCAAUAAAUCAAUAAGCUGCCUGUGCACAUCCUGAAUCGGAACGUGCUGGUGAGGCUGCUGCUGGAGACGCCAGUAGCUUGGAGCUGGCAGGGAUUUCAAGGACAAAGAUCUGCGGCAAUUGAUAGUGGCUGCCUUGCCAGAUCCAUUAAAUACCUGAUACUGACAAUGUCAAAUGCUUAGAGGAUCUUGAAUUGUAUUCCUGGCGUGGACAGAAGCCAUUGGAACCCUUCUUCCAGGCUGCCUCGCUCUGUCAGAAGGCACGAUUUCAAGGCAGAUUCAUUUGUUGUCCAUAGUAGACCUCAGGGUGGGUUGCUCUCCAGAAUUCAGUGUCAUUGGGGAUUGAGUUCAAUAAUCAGAGCUCAGCUCUCCUCAGGCUCGCCUGACUUCACUUCAAAACAAAAGGAUGCAUUUUUCUAUCUUUCUUUUGUUUUGAAGUUUAUUGGCUUUCUUCGCAAUUGUUUUGCUUUCUGAAGUCCAGAUGUAUUUGGUGCUCUGGGACUGAUCUGUCACUUCAAUCCCCCGAAUCCUAGGAAGAGAAAAAGGAGGAAUUUACACAAUGAUUAGAAUCCAGGACUUUGCAGCUGUGGAUGAUGUCAGGAAGGACUUUCAGUUGCUUUUAAUAAAAUGCAGUUUUGAUGCCAAAGUGCAAGCGCUUUGUUUACUUCAGCUAUCUGACAAGAGUAGUUUUAUUAUUUUAAUUGAAUUAAUUUUGCUAACUCCAUUCUGGAGUGAAUGCUUUUAUUUGACUCCAAUUGCAUUGAUACACUUUAAAGUUAAAAACAGUGAAUUUGUUUGAACACUCGUUGGGUUCUGGUCUGGUCGUGCUCCACACUCGUAAUGAAAGAUCCCAAGUGGCAGCGAAAUGCAAAUCAGCACAGAUCACAUUGAUGCUGUUGUUGCGCUAAGACUUGCGCAGAUCACAUUGAUGCUGUUGUUGUGCUAAGACUUGCGCAGAUCACAUUGAUGCUGUUGUUGCAGUCAGACUUGUGCAGAUCACAUUGAUGCUGUUGUUGUGCUAAGACUUGUGCAGAUCACAUUGAUGCUGUUGUUGCGCUCAGACUUGCGCAGAUCACAUUGAUGCUGUUGUUGCGUUCAGACUUGCGCAGAUCACAUUGAUGCUGUUGUUGUGCUAAGACUUGCGCAGAUCACAUUGAUGCUGUUGUUGCAGUCAGACUUGCGCAGAUCACAUUGAUGCUGUUGUUGCGCUCAGACUUGCGCAGAUCACAUUGAUGCUGUUGUUGCGUUCAGACUUGCGCAGAUCACAUUGAUGCUGUUGUUGUGCUAAGACUUGCGCAGAUCACAUUGAUGCUGUUGUUGUGCUAAGACUUGUGCAGAUCACAUUGAUGCUGUUGUUGCGCUCAGACUUGCGCAGAUCACAUUGAUGCUGUUGUUGCGUUCAGACUUGCGCAGAUCACAUUGAUGCUGUUGUUGUGCUAAGACUUGCGCAGAUCACAUUGAUGCUGUUGUUGCAGUCAGACUUGCGCAGAUCACAUUGAUGCUGUUUGCGCUCAGACUUGCGCAGUCCUCGUGUUUCUGUCAAACCAAAGGCUGUCCUCUCUGUGAGAUGCUCUGGAAAGAGCUGCAUAACGAUUAACGCACAAAGGAAUUGAAACCACAGACGCUCCUGUUCAAGCUGUUUAAACACAAUGAGGGUGUUUCAUUAACGCGGUGUAAUUUUAUAAAAAAUAAAAAAGGCAAGUGAUUUUGGUUCACUCACAUGGCUUUAAUUCAGCAAGACAAUUGGAAACAAAACCAAUAUGUCCUGAGAGUUAAAGUAAUUAUUCCAAGCAGGGAAGCGGAAAUCCACUUGUCAAAUGAGGCUGCUGAGGUCUUUGAUCAUGCACUGAGUUUUUAUUUAAUUUGCAGUAUACUCUCCUCUGCCCGACUUCUCCCGAUUUUAUCCUUUUUUUUUGUUUGUUUGGUUUUUAAAUUAAAAGCUGCUAGAUUUAGAUUAGCUUAUUUAAACAGUACUGGUUGGUUUUAUGCAGAAUUCAGAGAAUUUUGUUUUGGUUAUAAACCUAAUAAAAAAAAAAAAAAAAAGUAUAGCAAUUGUAUUUUAUAAUUUCAGGUGGGGAAUGUCUUUGUCAUUUGUUUUUAGGGUUCAAUAGUUCUGCUUACUGAGGAUGGCUUCAUUUGUAUAACACAUCUAGUAUAACGGGAUCAUUUCUGCAGUCACUGCUCUGCUACUGCCCUUUAUUGUGCGGACUUGGGACUGAACCACACUUAAUUAAGAUUAGAUUUUAAUCUCAGGCCUUGGGUUAAGAAUCGCUUGGUUACAGUAGAACUCGUUCUUUAUGAAAGCAGAUUCCUCGCUCACUUGUCUGGUUAAAAGGGAAGUGUAUCACUUUGUGGUAGCAUUUAGUGAGGAUACACUUUUUAUCUGUGGAUUUGCACACUUUUUUUUUGGGGGGUGUGUUUUUUAUUUUAAUUUUAUCUUGGCGAGAGCCGAGUUCAAAACAGCCUGAAGUUUUAACAUCUACUCUCGUGUAAUGGAAAUCAUUAUUUAAUAUUUAUCACUUGACUGCUGCCUGUUUUUUUUUUGUUUUGUUUGUUUAACGAUUUCAGUAUAUCUGAAGCCACAUUGUGGGGCAGUGUGAGUGUUGCUGAAAGCUUUCAUCUCUGUAUUUGUGUGAAGUAAUCUGUACUGUGCAGGUUGAGCGUUGGGUUGUUAAAUCAUCUUCGUUGCUUCUUUGCUUGAUGUCUGAUGUCAAUUCAGUCUUGACAUGAGAUGUAUCUGACCUUUCAUAGCAGAGCACUCAGGCACAUUUAAGAGCAUUAAAAUCAUUAAGCACUGAGGAAGAGUUAGGCUUGUGCUAGAAUGGAAUCUGCAUUUUACAGUUUCAAAAUAAUUGCAUCUUGCCCUUCUACCAGACUCGUAAAAAUCCAAUGUGACCAACAUUGCAAGUAUUUGAAUAGACUUGCGUUGCUACUGAACUAAAAUGAAAUGCAUUUUAUGUAUUGCUGUCCCUGGCUGAUCUGCAUUGCUAAACAGAAUUACAAAUACAAGGGAAUCUGUUGAAAUAUAUACAUUUCUUUGGCUGCACUUAAACACAAGCAUGUUUAGGGUAAAAAAAAAAAAAAAAUCUUAAACACCAAGAUCUCAUUAAUCCGCAGUGCAGGGGUGAGUCAUUGUGAAGCCCAAUUCCAUUCACUUAGUGGGUAAUUUGUCACCGUGCCCACAUUUACACAUAUUAGUUAAGAAAAGUGGCUGGUGGCAGUUUCUAAAAUGCUGACCCAGGCUGGUUACAGAAUUACUGACGGAGGCUUUUGCAUUAUGGGAGCAGCGGGGGGAAAAUACCCGGCUGUGAAACCUGGCAAACAGCUUGGAGCCAGCUUCCCAACAACAUGAGACGUCACGGCCCUGCUGUUGGGAAGCUGGGUUUCUGUGCUUUUAAUGUCAAACGCUACACAUCUGAGCUCAUUAUUGGGCAUCGGUUUGUUUGUACAUUUCUUGACUGUUUUUAUUUCAAUAAAAGGACAUCUCACUGGCUCAAAAAAACAUAAAGGCCUUGCAUUACUGAAAGGCUGCUGUUGUGAAUAUAACAUAUUAUUUAGACCCUUAUUGAGACUGCGGGUUCACUGUGUCCUGUCUUUACAGAGUUUAAAUCAAGCAGAACUCUACCACCCCAAUGAAAGCGUCUGUCACUGAUCGAAGGGUUUCAGUAAAAAUACUUCCAAACUCUGCUAGCUUUCUGCCAUUAAGACGUGUCUAUGUGCCCGACUUGCCUUUUAAAGUUUCCUUUCUUACUGGUUUUGUCCUUCCUUUUGGUUUUGUUUUGAGGUGUAGACAGUUUAGCAUGUAAAGUAUUUAUUUGGUAUCAUGACUUCUAAAUGAUUUCUUUGUAAAGCUGUAUAGACACAGGCUUUUAAUUGUAUUUGUAACUAACGCUAGAGAACAAUCACUGUAUGGGUUUAGGCUGCUGUUAAACCAGGAAUAACUGACUCCCAUUGCACUGCGGUUUGUGCUACUCCAGGCUUCACUAGAACAGCAGAGAGCUGGUUACCUGUAAUGUACCUGGAGCCUGGACUGUACCACAGAGCUGUGCAGUGGGCUCUUUCCAGUCCUGCAAACUGUGUUCUUUGCAUACGUUUACUGUGUGUUUUUAUGUUGUUGAAAAUGGUUCAAUGUCUUCUGUGUAACAUUCAGAUUUAUUUGCAAUUUCAUUAUUUGCCUUUUUUGUGUUACAUUUCUGUUGUUGCUGUUAUGUACCAUUUAUGAUUAAACAAAACAAAAAACA